CGUCAUUUGAAAUUUUACAGUUAAACAGUGAGCGUCGAGUGGAUUGGUAAAUUUUUAAAAUAAUUUUACUCUUGUACAGAAUCUUCUUAGAUUUGUCACGCGAAUCGAGAGGUAAGCAAUGUUUGAUUUAAUUUUUGGACUUUUGCUGGUCUCGGCAGCAAUAGCAGCAGCAGCAGCAGCAGCAGAAACAGCUAAUGACACUGCGCCAAGAGUUGAAACAAGUGACCGCAUAGUCAUCGGUCGCUACAAAACUACGUUCAAAGGCCGAAAGUACGAAGUUUACGAGGGCAUCCCCUACUGCCUGCCACCGAUUGGAGAGCUCCGAUUCGCCUAUCCACAGAUCAUACUGAACAAACAUUGGGGCAAGCUCGAGGCGACGAACGGCAGUCAUCGGUGCGUUCAGUACCUCGACGUGCCGCCGAACGAGAACGGAGAGACCCCGGCGGGACCGGGACGCGUCGUGGGCAGCGAAGAUUGCCUCCAUCUGUCCAUCAAUGCGCCGGCGAGGCAGGACAAGAGCCAAUUGUUACCAGUCAUAGCCUUCAUACACGGCGGAUCGUUUCAAUACGGCAGUGGUUUGCCGUUCGCCAGCGACAAUCCUUAUCUCAUGGACAGAGACGUCGUUUUCGUCGCUAUGAAUUACCGCCUCAACGUUUUGGGCUUUCUGAGCACGGAGGACAAAAAUUUACCCGGCAACCUGGGUCUGAAGGAUCAGCAGGCAGCGCUGAUCUGGAUCCACAAUGAGAUCAAAGCGUUCGGCGGCGAUCCCGAUCGAGUCACCCUGGUGGGUUUCAGCGCCGGCGCCUCGAGCGUGCAGUAUCACUACCUGUCGCCGGUUAGUCGUGGACUGUUUCACGCUGGUAUCGCAAUCAGCGGCUCGAUCCUCAAUCCCUGGGGCUUUGCUCUAAAUGCCCGAGAAAAAGCCAGAAAAUUGGCGGCACUGGUGAACUGUCCUGGGACGAACGACGAGGACACUCGUCGAAUGGUCGAAUGUAUAAAAAAGAAGCCGGCGUACGAGUUGGCAACCGCCACGAAAGAAUUUCAACGCUGGCAGUUCAUGCCGGAAGCUCCAUUCGCGCCGGUUGUCGAACCAUCGAACAGUGACUGGUCUUUCAUAACCCGUGCGCCGGAAGAGCUGAUGAGAGCCAAGAGGAUCAACGACGUGCCGAUCGUCUUUACCACCGUCAGCGAGGAGGGCUGCGAUCCCGGCGCAGCCUACGCGUCCCACGACAAACUGCUGAAGCAGCUGAACGACCACUGGCUGUCGCUGGCGCCCCACGUGCUCCAGUACAAUUACACGCUGCCGAUCUGGCAGCAUCGGUUCGUCGCGAGAUUCGCGAGGCUGCGCUACUUCGGCAAGAAGCCCAUCGACGCCGGCACCGACAAGGCGCUGAUCAGACUGCUCACGGACAAGCACUAUCUGUACGACAUCGAGCGGGCAGCGCGCAUGCACGCCGAGGCCUCCGAGAGCCCCGUGUAUCUGUAUUACUACUCGUUUCAGAGCGGCCAGAGUCGCAGCCGAGAAUUGAGCCAUUCGGAUAAGAAUUACGGAGUUUGUCACUGCGACGACGUGCUCUUGGUGACGAGGGAGCCGGAAAUCGAUAUCGACGCAGCCAAGUCCAAGAAAGCACUGGCCAUGUCGAAUUUACUGAUGGACAUCUGGGAGUCGGUGGCUUACGACAGAAAACCCAGUGUCAAAGGCGUCGAAUGGCUGUCCAUUAACGCGACCGAUCGCAAGACCGCCUUUCUGCACAUCCGAGGCCCCAAAGACUACCGUAUGUCGAGCAGUUGCAAUAUGGGCAACAAGCGAUUUUGGGAUCUGUUUUUCGACCAGCAAAUAUUGUACGAUUUUGAAGAAAAGUAAUAAUGAAUAAAGUAGUUAGGAAAUAUUUCAAAUGCGGAUUGAUGAAUGUGGUUUUGAAAAUUUUUA